AUGGCCCAAACUAAACAGUUGGCAGCAGAAGCACUUAAUAAAGAAGUGAAUCUAUCGGCAGUUGAACGACAAACAGAGGCCUCACAUAAGGGCGGGACUAUUUGGGAAGCUAUACGCAAAGCGGAUCAGGCAGCACUCGAACAUCUUCUCGAUGCCGAUCAUAAUGGUAUUUAUGCAAGAGGUCCCGUUGGUGAUUGUCCCAUUCAUAUGUUAUUCUUAUAUGGAACUGGAGCUCAUCUCAACAUGGCUCGAUAUCUCAUCACACGUUUUCCAGAGACCGUCGUACAGAUCUACAAUCAGCCAGAAUAUUAUGGCGAGAUUGCUCUUCAUAUUGCUAUUGUCAAUCGUAAUGCAUCCAUAGUCGAAUGGCUGCUUAGUGAUGAACACAUUCGACCCUAUCGAGAACAACAAUUGGCAGCUGCCGCCAAUGGUCACUUUUUCCAAUUUGGCCGUCCAUGUUACUAUGGUGAAACUCCUCUUGCAUUUGCUUGCUGUACUAAUCAAUGGAACAUUGCCGAAAUUCUACUUAAAUACGGCGCCUCUAUGGAUAUGGUUGACAGCAAUGGGAAUACAAUACUGCACUUACUUGUCAUUCAUAAUCUACCUCAAAUAUAUACUAAGUUCAAGGAACGUUGGUUGGAAGUACACGCAAUAGCGAUUAGCGAAUCUAGCAAUGUAGAUGACGAUAAAGUCGCAUCCACGAAGAAAAAAAAGGUUCCAUUAUGGAAACGUCUCAAUAAAGAUGGUUUCACUCCAUUUACAUUAGCAGCUAAAUUAGGUCUAACUGAUAUGUUCUCUUUUUUACUUGACGAACGUAAAAUUGUUCAAUGGCGUUAUGGACCUGUCUCGUGUGUACUCUAUCCACUUGAUGAACUCGAACUUGAAUUUCAACAAGAAGGCGGAAAUACACCUGGAGCUCUUGAAUUGAUCGUACAAAAUGCUCAAGUUGAACUUAUUAUGCAUCCACGUAUUAUCGAUUUAGUCGAUCAAAAAUGGGAGCGUUUUGCUCAACGUAUUUUUUUUCGACGUUUUCUUGUUACUAUUGUCUAUCUAUUCAUUUUUCUUAUUACUACAAUUCUCAAUCAGACACGAAUAGAAACGACAAAAGGUAAAGGUAAGAAAAUGGUGGUAACUAGUGUUCAAUAUCCAGGCGGCAUUCAUCAAAUAGUACGCAUCAUAGGUCGUCUUAUUGUAUUAGCUGGAGCUGUAUUAAAGGGGAAAUCUGAAAUAAGAGAAAUGACUAAUGUGGGUAUACGAAAAUAUUUUCAGGCUACGGGUGCUGCUUUUCUUGAAAAUUGUCUAUCAUGUUCAUUUUGUUGUGGUAUCAUUAUUGUUAACAUUCUUUAUCUACUUGAUAUACAAGCACAAACUAUCGUACUUGCACUUGUCUCUAUUAUAAGUUGGGGUUAUAUGCUAUUUUUUGUUAUGGCGUUUCAACUCACUGGACCAUUUGUGUUUAUGAUCUAUGAAAUGUUUUGUCAUGAUGUUCUCCGUUUUUGUAUUAUUUAUAUGGUAUUUCUUGCUGGUUUUUCACAAGCAUUCUUUGUUCUAUUCGAUAAUAACGGUUUUGAUGGUUUUCUUGUGAGUAUCAAACAGUGUUUUUUUGGUAUAUUGGGUGAUUUUGAUCUCAAUCAUUACACGGGAACAACAUUUCAAUAUACCAGUGUUUUAUUACUUGUCAUUUAUGUUGUUGUUGUUUCUAUUCUUCUACUCAAUUUACUCAUUGCUAUGAUGGGUGAUACAUAUGGAAAUGUAAUCGAAGGUGCUACACAAAUAUGGCAUUUAGAACGGGCACGUAUUGUAUUUGCAAUUGAAAAUGAAAUGUCGACAGAUGAACGGAAGUUAGACAAGAAUAAAUAUUGGACAAAUGUCGAUGGUCAACGAUAUUUACAAGUAGAGGAAGUGGACAAAGAUUGUUUUCGUGAUAUUAAUAAUGAUGAUGAAAACUAUGACAAAGACAAAAAAAGAAGAACAUAA